ACGUGGUUGACGUUGUGCCUGCCCUUAAUUUUGAAAAUUAAAAACUUCCCUUUUACAAAUUAUAAUUAGGGCCUCAAAAAAUUGAAGAAACCAAAACAUCAAAUCUAAUAUUUUGGAAUAAAUUAAUUCUGACACUUUACUCAAAAAAAAAGCAAACCGAACAACUCCCAAGUAAGCACACCUCAAUUUCCAAUUUGCAGACUUUACGAUGUCAGUAUUUGGGAAAAGCCGAAAGCUGAUCCUAGGUCUUGGGGCAGUAACAGGCGCCACCACAUUUUACUAUCUAAAUAAUGAUAGAUUUAAGGCUUUCGCCUCCUGGACUUCCCAAUACGAGCCUUCGCCUUGUGCUAGAUGGGACGAAAAUUGGGAUCAACGAGCUCCGCAAUUUAUCAAGAACAAAAAAACUAAAUGUGCCCAAAGGAAUGAUGAGAAUAAUAACGAGGACAUUGAAAAGUAUACUCCAAAAGCUGUUAGACAUGUGAUACUUAUCAGGCAUGGACAGUAUAAUUUAGAAGGGCAGACUGACGAGGAAAGAUUCCUUACUAAAUUAGGGAGACUACAAGCAGAAUACACUGGAAAAAGGCUGGCAGAGCUUGGCCUUCCUUACUGCGACAUGGUAAAAUCAACUAUGACUAGAGCACAAGAAACUGGAUCCAUUAUUUCUACGCAUAUACCAAAUGUUCCUGUGACUCAUUGCGACCUUUUGAGAGAAGGAGCGCCAAUUCCUCCAGAACCUCCAAUGGGUUCCUACAGGCCAGCAAGAUAUAAGUUUUAUGAAGAUGGAGCCAGAAUAGAAGCUGCUUUUAGAAAAUACUUUCACAGAGCUGACCCCAAGCAAAAAGAAGAUUCUUAUCAUAUAAUUGUUUGCCAUGCAAACGUUAUUAGAUAUUUGGUGUGCAGAGCUCUACAAGUUCCAGCUGAAGCCUGGCUGAGACUAUCUCUAAACCAUGCAAGUAUUACUUGGAUUUCCAUAACUCCGAGUGGAAGAUGCGUCCUAAGGGCUUUCGGGGAUGCAGGUUUUAUGCCUCCAAAUGUGAUAUCCUCUACAUAAGAUCAAAUAUUUUCAUUAAGAUAAGGUCUAUGGAUAAGGUUCACAUUUUGAUUGAUUGAGUCAAAGAAUUCAUAUUAUUGUGAUUUUUUUGUGUUCUAUUUUUUCUGAUGUUACAUUAGGUACAUACACACCUGAAUUAUUUAAAGUAAUCUCUAUCUGAGAAAUGUAAAACUCAUUAAUUA